GGCCUUCUGGGACUGUGCGCGACCGGCCAUAGGUGUGCCCAAAAUGGCAGCCCUGGAAGAAGAGUUCACGUUGUCUGCAGUAACCCUGGGCGCGAGGCCUGACGGACUCCUAGGUGUGGAAGAGAGCGACAAAACAGACCAUUUUCUAGUGACGGACAGAAGCAGGACUGUCAUCCUUUAUAAGGUUUCUGAUCAGAAACCCUUGGGGAGCUGGUCAGUGAAACAAGGUCAAAUCAUAACAUGUCCAGCUGUGUGCAACUUUCAAACUGGAGAGCAUAUUGUUGUACAUGAUAAUAAGGUUUUGAGAAUAUGGAACCAUGAAGAUGUAAACUUGGAUAAAGUAUUUAAAGCUACGUUGUCCGCUGAGGUACAUAGGGUGCACUCAAUCCAAGGAACAGAGCCUGUGGUACUGUUCAAGAGCGGCGCUGCUCGCGGGCUAGAGGCCUUGCUCGCAGAGCCCCAGCAGAAAAUUGAAACGGUUCUCUCCGAUGGAGAAGUGAUUAAGUGGACAAAGUUUUUUGUGGUAUAUAGGCAUCCUGUCUUAGUUUUUAUUACUGAAAAAGAUGGAAAUCAUUUUGCUUAUGUGCAAAUGUUCAACUCACGAAACUUAAGCAAAUACACUCUCUUGCUUGGACAAGAAGACAACUCUGUUACACUGAGUUUUACUGCUUAUGUGGAUCGGAAAUUUAUCUUUUUAAUGUCAUUAAGCUCUGAUGGAUGUAUAUAUGAAACCUUAAUACCAAUAUAUCCGAGUGACACAGAAAAAAAUCAGAGAUUAGUUAGAUCACUGUUGCUCAAGGCGGUUGUGUCUGGUAUUCCUCCAAAUGGUGUCACACUCACCAUCCUGGAUCAAGAUCAUGUAGCAGUCCUAGGACCUCCGCGGCCGUCAUCUAAGGAAUGCCUCUCCAUAUGGAACAUAAAAUUUCAAACAUUACAGACUUCAAAAGAGUUACCACAAGGAACCAGUGGUCAACUAUGGUAUUAUGGGGAACAUCUGUUUAUGCUACAUGGAAAAUGUCUAACCGUGGUUCCAUGCAAGUGUGGAGUGUCGUCAUUAGCUGGUGCUCUUGGAAAACUCAAGCAUACUCAGGAUCCAGGCACUCAAACCAUGCCCCACCAUGUAAACUGGGAAAUAUCUCCAGGAUGUGGACCUGGAUCCCAGAAUUCAGUGCAGUUAAGAAGAACUUUAAGAAGAAAAAAAAAUGAAGUAAGUUUACAGCCAGAAGUUGCAGUAUCAGAAGCUGCAGUAUCUGAACAACUUUUAUCAACUAUCAAGAAUGGUUCGGAAAAACACAUUGAGGUGGAACUACGUAAAUUUUUGGCUAAGUGGACACCUGACUCUCAUACUGCAGUUGGGGACAUAAUAACAGGACUCCUGGAAAGAAGCAAAGCAGAGCCAUCGUUUUACCCCCGGAACUGUCUAAUUCAGCUUGUCCAAACUCACGUGCUGUCCUACAGCUUGUGUCCUGGCUUAAUGGACACUGCCUUAGAAAAAACAGAUGUCCAGAUGCUACAGCUCUGUCUGCAGCAGUUCCCUGACAUUCCUGAGUCUGUCACCUGUGCUUGCUUAAAACUCUUCUUGAGCAUUGGUGAUGACAGUCUUCAAGGAAUUAAUAUCAAUAUGGAGUCAGUUUUUGAUUAUAGUAAUACUGAACAAGAGGAGAAAAUGGAAGAACAACCUGAAAUUCUUCGAAAUGGCUUCAAUCCUGAAGACAGUAACUGCAGCAACUGUAAUCAGGAGUUAAAUGAAAAGCCUCGGGAUUCAACAGAAGAGACUGCUUCGUGUCCUGUGAUCCCCAAGAGGGCAGCUCUCCUAAAUGCCGUUCUUCAUGCAGCGUACAGUGAGACGUUUCUCCUGCCUCACCUGAAGGAUAUCCCUGCCCAGGACAUCACACUAUUUCUGCAGUAUCUGUACUUCCUUUAUCUGAAGUGCAGUGAGAAUGCCACUAUGACCCUUCCUGGAAAGCACCCUCCAACUCUGAGCCAGAUUAUGGAUUGGAUAUGUCUACUUCUGGAUGCUAAUUUUACUGUUGUCUUAAUGAUACCAGAAGCAAAAAGACUACUGAUAAACCUUUACAAGUUUGUAAAAUCCCAGAUAAGUGUUUAUUCUGAGCUCAACAAAAUUGAAGUAAGUUUUCGGGAGCUACAGAAAUUAAAUCAAGAAAAGAAUAGUAGAGGCUUGUAUUCAAUUGAAGUGCUGGAACUCUUCUGACAUUGCCGCGUUUCCUUCAGAGACAUUUUGUGAAGCUUUUAUGUGAAAUCUUCGACCUCGGCCAGGCAGAGAUGGUUUUGUUUGUGACCAUCUGCUGGUGUCCAGAGGAGAGCGUCAGCGAGUACCUGGAUCAUCGUGCACGGAUGUUUCUCAGGGACUGCAGGCUUGCUGACACCCGUGCAGGAGGGGACAUUGUUACUGAGAGGUUAUCAACUUUUUUAAAUAUGUGACUGAGCUGAUUUUAAGUAAGCUUACUUGUGUAUUGAUAAAAGUCUAAUUUCUUACCAUC